AUGGGCAAAGUGAAAACGAUAAAAGCAAAGGAGACGACGAACAACGGGAAGAAUACUCAGGGUCUUCCAUUUAACACCGAUUUCGGUCAGCACAUCCUCAAGAAUCCGGGAAUCGUAAAUGCCAUCGUCGAAAAGAGUGCUAUCAAAUCGAGCGACACUGUGCUCGAAGUUGGCCCUGGAACGGGAAAUUUGACGGUGAAAAUGUUGGAACAAGCGAAGAAAUUGAUAGCUUUUGAGCUCGAUCCCCGGAUGGUGUCCGAAUUGAAAAAGAGAGUCCUUGGAACCCCCGUUCAAACUCGACUCGAGGUUCGUCAGGGUGAUGUGAUGAAACAGGAAUGGCCUGAAUUCGAUGUUUGCGUCGCUAAUCUUCCAUAUCAAAUCUCGUCUCCUUUCGUUUUCAAGCUCCUUCUGCAACGUCCACUUCCCAGAUACGCUGUUUUGAUGUUUCAAAAAGAAUUCGCCGAGCGACUAUUGGCCAAACCGGGCAGCAAAGAAUACUGUCGUCUCUCCGUGAAUGUGCAAUUACUAGCAAAGGUUGAACAUUUAAUGAAAGUGAAACGAACCGAAUUUCGUCCUCCUCCACAAGUAGAUUCUGCGGUUGUUCGAAUCGCUCCCCGAAAUCCACCACCACCGCUUAACUUUGAUGAAUGGGAGGGCAUGUUACGCUUAUGUUUUAUGCGAAAGAACAAGACGAUUCUCUCCAUUGUGCGCCUUUCGAAUGUAAACGACUUGCUUGAGGAGAACUAUCGAAGAGUUUGCCGGAUGAAAAAUAAAGAUAUUCCGGAGGAUCUCAACUUCACCGAAUUGAUCGAGAAGGCGCUCACCGAAUCAGGUUUUGCGGAGAAACGAGCUCGAUCGAUGAAAAUUGACGAGUUUCUUCAAUUGCUCAUCAUUUUCAAUAGAAUCGGUGUACAUUUUCACGUU